CAACCCUGUUGUAUUGGUUUUCGCGUAAUUUUGCCGUAUUUUGAGCGUCGCAUAAUUAAUUUAUAUCUCAUAACUUUACUGCACAAAAUCCAUCUUAGAAGCUUAUGACUUCCGUUCGGAACAAAGCAACAUUUCGAAAAAUUGUGUAAUAAAGAAAAAAAAAACAACUGUUCGCCAAACGAGUUUGUCGUAUCCAUAAUAGCAAUGGUUGAUCUCGAGACGGUAGUUGCGCCAGCAGAGGCUUCAGCCAUGAACAGCGCCACUGGACUCUGCCGCCUUUGUUUGCGUCACGAUAAAACGAUUGUGAAUAUCUUUGAGGAAGAAUUGGAGCCAGCUGCAGAAAACGCGCCUUUGCCCGAGGGAGCAGCAAAAAAAAUGCCAAUGGUGGAACGGCUAUUUGACUUGUUGGGUGUGAAGUUUCAGCAUUCAGCGUCCUUACCGAGUUGUAUCUGCCAGCGUUGUUUUGCAAUGAUCGAGGCGUUCACCAAUUUUCGUGAAAAUGUGCAGAGAUGCGAGACUGAGUUGCAGCGUUGGCUGGAGCAUAACAAAAAAAUAGUAGAUAGUGACGAUCAACGUGCGGGUUUGAACGGUAAUCCAGGAGAAUUUGAGCCUGAAGUUGACUGCAUAAUCACUGAAGUGGAUCCUAAUCAAGAUUAUGAAAGUUCGGAAGACGAGUUUUCAAUGGAAUCAGAUUCAGAAACCGAGGAGCAACUGACGUCAGCCACACACACAAUGCAAACUACACCAAAUGCAGGAUCAAAGUUAUCACAGCAACAAACAAAUGAGUUUACCGAUGCGCUAACGGCAUCCAUACCAAUAACAACGGGAGAAACGCAAAAGUUCGAUACUUCGCUGCCUGUUCCGGAAACAACACCCUCCGGCACACCAAUGCCAGGUAGCGGCGACUCGUUUGUUACUGGUGAAAUAGUGAUUAAGAAUACCUACCUUUGUCAGUAUUGCGACAUGGCAUUUACAACGCAAUCUGAAUGCCAAGAACAUGAAUCACAACACGAUAGUGCGGCGCCUUACGUGUGCAGCUUCUGUUCACAACGAACAUCGAGUCGGCAAAAUUUGAUUUAUCACAUCAAAGAAUUACACGAUCCAGAAAGACCAUAUGUGUGUGCGUUCUGCAAAAAGGGCUUUUGUCGGCGUUCGGAUUUGAAGAAGCACACAAUCGUACACACAGGUGUACGCCCAUUCUCAUGUCCAGUAUGCGCAAAGAGCUUCUCACGCAAUACCAACUUAACCAAACAUAUACGCAUUCAUAGCAGUGUAAAGCCACACGUUUGUACGCGCUGCCCGCGUUCGUUCUCAAGUGCGUCCGAAUUAAUGCGUCACAUACGUUCACACACCAAUUCAAAGCCAUUCCAGUGUAGUCGUUGUCCCAGCACAUUUGCACGUAAAGACAAACUACACCUGCACGAGCGAACGCACCUACGUCGUGACUCCGAAUUUCUACUCAAUCAAAGUAAUAGUACACCACCGAGUGGUAAUAAUAAAAGUGAAGAGGGUGGUGGUGGUGUAAUUGGUCAAACAGAAAAUAUAGUUGUUGCUCUUAAUCCGUACGGUGAACCCGAAUCAACACAGCCACCGCAUGCAAAUAUGUCCUCGCCACAAGAUCAAUAUCGCCAGCAUAGCAUACUAGCAGCGCAGUUACAACAACGUCCGGUGAUGCCUAAGCCACCGCCGCAUAAGCCAUCGCAUCCGCGCAAUUUCACCUGCACGAUUUGCCAAAAGUCAUUCACACGUGAACGUGACUUACAGCGGCAUCAGGCACUACAUUUGGACACCCUCUUUACGUGCAAGCAAUGCGGCAUCGGUUUCAAUAGGCGCGAGAAACUCGCACGCCAUGAAUUGGAAUUCCACGCGCCUCAAUAUCCAUGUGAUGUCUGUCGCAUACAAUUCUCAAAGCGCGAUGAAUAUGAGAGACACAUGAAAAUGCAUGAACUGCAGCAGAAUGCGGUUUUGGCUACACAAGCGGCCAUCAGUGCCACAUCGGGCAUAGGGGGGGCGCCCGCAAGUAAUAUUCUCGGCCUGGCAGGUGGCCCCAAUACUGCUGGCGCUAUCAAUUUAGUCACAAAUGCGUCUGGCGUUUGCCCGCCACCUCCGCCGGUGCCGUUGCCAAAAGAUAUGUCAGUGUCACAACAUCGACCAUCAGCCGCUGACAUGUCGUUCUACAGCCAGCUGGUGCCAACCAUGAAUCUGGGAUUUUAUAGUGAGACGCGACCAGAAGAUCGUAAUGGUAUAUAGAGUGAGGAGUGUUGGCGUGGACGUGAAUCGCAUUUAAUUAUAGAAACGUAGGCAGUACGUUAAACUGUUAGUUUUAAUAAUUAGACAUAGUCAAUUGUUUGGUUUUUUUUUUUUUUUCAAUUAUUAUCCAGAAGACAACAUUUAUCUUAAUUAUAUAGGUACGCAUGAUAUAUCAUGAAAUAAAUUCCUUCUAAAAUUAUCUAAAUUCUAUCGAUUUCGAGACAUU